AUGCACGCACGCUUUGGAAAUGUUAUGAUCUGCAAGGGAGUGGCCACGAUUAUUGCAAUUGAAGGCAGCAUCCGGACUGCUCGCAUCCUGCACUCAGCAUGGAAGGCGUUCGACGCUGGCGAUAGCAUGCAGGAAGCACAAGAGGCCCUUGAAACAUACAAGAAGAAGGAUGCCGCGAAAGUGGUGGUGCGAUUCAAGGCGGUUGGGAAUGCACCCAUCAUGAGACAGAACUUCUACAAGAUUACAUCCACGAACAAGUUUCAGGCUGUGAUACAGUUCUUGAGGAAGGAGCUUGGCUGGAAAGCUGGGGACCCGCUGUUCACGUACAUAAACCUGGCAUUCUCCCCCGCCCCAGACGACACUGUAUCCAAUCUGUAUAAAUCAUUUGCGACGGACGGGCACCUCAUCGUCAAUUACAGUACGACAGCAGCAUGGGGCUGA